UUCAGUUUUGUCGAUCAAACCGAGACUGUAAUAUUUUUAAUUUUGAUGUUUUGAACAUUCUUUAAGGAUUCCAUACUUCUCUAUUUUAGCGUGUUUACCUAUUUAAAAAGUAAACUUUAGCGUGUAACCUUAUUAAUAAGUUUGAAUAAGAAGAGUUAAAAAUAUUUUCAUCACUUAAUAAAUAUUAACACAUAAAAAAGAACAACAAUAAUAAUAGCAUCAAUGCCCAAACAACUUUUACUAUAUUGCGGUAUCAAUGAAAGGUUAAAACUUGAUCCAACUUUAUCACGUUCAUCACAUAUAGUAAAUUGCCUGACUAACUUGAUCUUAUAAAAUUGAUUAAAUCAUUAUAUUGAGCACGUUCUACAGUUGUAUUAUUGAUGAUUUAUUCACAUACAGGUCAAGGAUACAUUUUACACAAGUUUCGUUAUAAAUCAAACAGUGAAAAUAUUUGUCAACUACAAUUUAUAAUCAUUUAGAUAGUAGGUUUUGAAAGUCUGUCACAUUUGAGAUUACUGUUAUCGUUUAAAUUGGUUAAACUUCCUCCUUUAUCAGAGUGUCUCCUGUUUUAUUUCACCAGUUUAAUAUUGGACAAUAAUGAAGGAUUAUUCAUUUUUGGUAUUUAUCGUGUUGAUAAAAGCCUUGGUUUCUUCAACAGAAGAUUUUCCACCGAGUGUGUCUUGUAACAUGGAGCUUUCCUCUUGGCAAGACGCAGGGAAACAUUGCAUAAGUAGAGGUGGUCAUAUGUUUCCAUAUCAGACUGGCUUAGGUGGAAGUAUAGACAAACUCCAUUUAAAAAGUGAAAUAGAUGUAUGGACAGCUGAUUAUCUAAUAAGUUUGAAUAUAGUUUAUCAUUCAAGAAGAGACAAGUAUUGUGGUUUUAACUAUCUCAAUAAUACAAUAUAUGAAAACAUAGCAGAUUCAUUUUAUGGAGACUGUGACGUUAAUAGAAAUUAUUUUUGUAUAAAUAAAACAGGGAACUUAGUUGUGUACAACAAUAGUCGAGAAAAUAUUCAUUGUGGCUAUAACAUUUCAUCAACAGUAUUGCAAAGCAUGAGGUCAGCAAUCAAGCCAGGAUUCUAUUGGAAUACCGGGAUAGAAUAUAGGACAGCUAGAAUAGCAAGCACAGAUGUUGGUCACAUCAAUAUUGCAGACAAAUUAUGUGGAGCCUACAAAAGUUCAAUUGGAAUGUAUUAUGCAAAUUGUAUGGAGAAACGCUUUUCGUUAUGUUCAAGUAACGGGGCAAGGCCAAUCAAUAACAUUUGUUUUGAUGGUACAAAACCAACUACAAUUGUAACCAGAACGGCACACACUACAAAUGGCAUCAAACAAAAUGCAACGUUGAUGACAAGUCGCCAUCAAACAAUUGCUGACAUAUCUCAUACAUCAAGUAAACAGUCAAUGGCAGUAUUAACUUCAGUCCAAGAGAAAACAAAUAUAAAGAACCAACAUCUACAAGAAGAAAAGCAAAGUUCAGGUAUAGGGAUAAAAGUUGGUGUACCACUUGGAAUAAUAUUACCUUUGACAUGUGGAGUUUUAAUUUUCAUUUACAUUUACAGGAAAAGGAUAAAAUGUUGGCAGUCUGGCAGUCCAAAACAUGAAAAUGGACGUAUGAAUCCAUUCCACACUCAAGAAACUUCGCCAGUUCACGGUCAGCUCAACGUUUACUCUGAAAGUAUUCAAGAAACUCUAAAAUCAUCUGAACACCACACAAAUGAAAAUAAUCUAACUGACAUAAGCGCACUGUAUGGUGUUGUCAAAAAACCUAAAAAUGGCGACACAAAAUUUAGUAAAAAAAAUUACUCAAAUAAGUCGUAUCAAAACACAACGAAUGAUGAAUAUGAUGUUGCUGAAAGGUUUCGAAGUUAUAGAUCUAAUCUAUCGGACAAUCUAUACAACCAUUUUGAAAGCGCGGACGAGUACAAUUUGACAUCGUUCGUAAAAGAAGAAGGAGAAUGUAACAAUAUGUACAACACAACAGGAGACAGCAGUCUCGUUGAAUCUGAUUACGACUCGACAACACAGGUGAAUAACACAGCAUUGCCUGAUGACGUUCUCAAGGUGAGAACUACUAUGAGUCUACAUCAAAUACUAGAAAUAAAUGAUAAGACUAAUUUGCUGAACAAACCAAGUGUUACAGAAAUGUAUUUUAAUUAG